AUGAAGAGCACGGUGGCAACCGCCGUGGUGUCACAUGUGCCGAUCGUUGUCGAGGCUGAAUUGACAAUGGAAGAGAAGCUGAACGUGUAUCACUAUUUGGUGGUGUGCGACGAAAGCGCCGUUGCAUUCGUUUUGGAUCCCCGUUUGAAACGAUUUGCCGGUCUUGAUGCAGCGAAUCAAGGUGCCGCCCGCGACAAAGUGCUUGCACUUAUGGGUGCCAAACCAUUCGAAAAUGCCCGCCCCGAUCGUGUUGCGCGGGAAGCAAACAAGCCGGUGUCCCUCUUUGAAAGCCUCUCGGGAACGCAGGAGGCCGGGCAAACUGGUUUUGAGCUCACCGCGGUUGAGCAGUUGGAAGAGUACGGGAAGCAGCGGUGGCCGGGUUCAAGACCGAUAUUCGAAACUGGUGGAAGAUGCAUGAAGGUCAGUGGCUCCUUCUGGCAAAGGUUGCUCGCUUCUGUGUGGGAAUGGUCGCAACCUCUGUUCCGUCAGAGUGCGUAUUCUCCGACUCCAGGAACAUAA